AUGUCAGGUGAACUGCCGGACAAACCCUGCGGCUCCUCGGAUGAACCUGUGCCCGUCUUUAUAGUCGAAAAGAUCAUUGGGAGGCGCCUCGUGAAGAGUCGCCUUGAGUACCUGGUGAAAUGGGAGGGAUUCUCCAAGAACGAGAACUCCUGGGAGCCCAUAGAGAACGUGUUCCACUGCUCCGACCUGAUUUGCAGCUUCGAGGCGGAGCUGGUGAGGCAGGGCAAGGCCCAGGAGGCGGCUACAAACAAUGAGCCGGUCGAUAAAAUCCUGGACAAACGCCUCGUGGGCGGUUGCGUUCAGUACCUGGUGAAAUGGAGGGGCUAUCGCAAGAAAGACAACAGCUGGGAGACCAUGCAGGCUCUGAACCACUGCUUGGACCUCCUUGGCGACUUCGAGGCGCAGCUCAUGGCUCGGAGCCAGGGACAGGAGGCGCAGCUCAUGGCUCCAAGUCAGGACCAGGAGGCGACUACCUCGGCGGGGAGCAGCAAGCGGCCCUCCGGCAGGCCAAAGCGAAUGAGAGCGCUAUCUGUGGAGCAGCUAGUUGAUCAAAAAGCCGUGAUCAACUGUCCUGCUGUGCCGAAACGCAGACGCAAGGGUCCCCUUCCUCGACAAGAAGCAUGCAUUGUUCUCUUGGACGAGUCCAGCGACCUUGGGACACCAGAAACAGCAGUGGCAUCUCAAUCGGCAGCAGCAGCUGCGUCCCAGGAAACGAAUGAGCCGAUCAGCAGUGAGGAGCCACCAUCGGAUGUCUUGGUAAUGGAGCUCAUGGAUCGGAGCCAGGGACAGGAGGCGCAGCUCGUGGCUCCCAGUAAGGACCAGGAGGCGACUACCUCAGCGGAGAGCAGCCAGUGGCCGUCCGGCAGGCCAAAGCGAAUGAGAGAGCUAUCUGUGGAGCAGCUAGUUGAUCAAAAAGCCGUGAUCAACUCUCCUGCUGUGCCAAAACGCAGACGCAAGGGUCCCCUUCCUCGACAAGAAGCAUGCAUUGUUCUCUUGGACGAGUCCAGCGACCUGGGGACACCAGCAACAGCAGUGGCAUCUCAAUCGGCAGCAGCAGCUGCGCCCCAGGAAACGAAUGGGCCGAUCAGCAGUGAGGAGCCACCAUCGGAUGUCUUGGUAAUGGAGCUCAGCCACAGCGCUCCGCCAGCCCUGGAGCAGCCGCAGGUCGGUGCUGGGGCUCACUGCGUGCAGGACAUGCCGAGCCUGGACACGAAGCAGGAGGAGCUUCCAGGCUGCAGCAGUGCGUCCAAUCUGACCCCGAAUAGCUGGAAAAUGCCGCCGUCCAUGAAAACCUUCGGGUUGAAGCGCGGUCUGGAGCUGGACAAGGUUCAUCACAGCUUUGCGGUUCGCGAGCAUCUCUUCCUGUUUGUCACCUGGAAGGGCUGCCCAACGGUGGACGCUGUGCCGCUGGCAGACCUCGCGAAGGCAUACCCGAUGAAAGUAUUGGAAUACUUUAAUAGCUUGAAGAGAAUAUCUUAG